AAUGAACUGCUAUAAAUGGGGCGGGGCCUCUGUGGGCCGGAAGACGUGAGCGGCCAGCGCGCUGUCCCGGCCGUCGCGGGCCAGUGCGGCGCGGGGCGCGGGCGAUCACCGUUCCCGGCGCUGCGGGCCAUGGCUCCGCACCAAGUGCCCGGUGCAGGCCAAACUGGAGAACGCUGAGGUGCUGGAGCUGACGGUGCGGCGCGUGCAGGGCGCGCUGAGGGGCCGGACGCGCGAGCGUGAGCAGCUACAGGCAGAAGCAAGCGAGCGCUUCGCUGCCGGGUACAUCCAGUGCAUGCACGAGGUGCACACCUUCGUAUCCACGUGCCAGGCCAUCGACGCCACAGUCGCUGCUGAGCUCCUGAACCACCUGCUGGAGUCCAUGCCGCUGCGUGAGGGCAGCAGCUUCCGCGAUCUGCUGGGGGAUGCCCUGGCCGGGCCAACCGGAGCUCCAGGCUCCCCACUGCCAAGCCCCUCUUCCCCCGGGGACGACCUCUGCUCUGACCUAGAAGUGGUCCCUGAGGCGGAGCUGAGUCGGGCACCUGCUGAAGGGUGGGGCAUGGUGCCCGCGUCCUUGAGCAGCCUGACGGUGGCCCAGAUAUCCCAGAGUGUCUGGAGGCCCUGGUGACCAACGCCAGCGGGGAUCUGUGGGUUGGGCCGGGCCUUCCCAAGCUCGGCUCCCUCCUCUCUGAACCCCAGGUCUGUCCUCUUCCGGUGGAUGGCUUGAGGACAGCCCCUGAUGCCCAACCCAGGGAGACCCCCUAGCCCUGUUUCCUGAGGGAGGCACUUCGAUGGAUCCUGCAGCUGUGGGGUGGAUGGAGGGGAAGAGCUGCCGGCAGGAGGAAUUGCUUAGAGCUAGGAAGGCUGGCUGUCACUCACCUGUCCCAGCCUUCCGAGGCACUCUGGCUGUUCGGCAGAGGUGACAGGGGUGGUGCUGGUUCUCCCCUGGGGACUGCGCACUACUGUCCUGGGCAGGGACACUGAGGUCCUGACAGCCCUGGCCUCAACAGAAGCUUAAAUUUGCCACUUCAGGCAGGAGACCAGGAGAGUCGGUGCACCUCAAGGCAGCGCUCAGAGCAGCUCUGUACAGGCUUGCUUGUAGCACACUUGCGUUUGUGUACUUGGUUGCAACAGGAUGUUUCGAUUGAAUUAAAUAAAGGACUUUGAGGUUAAUUACCUUCGA